AUGUCGUCAGUCAUAACUUCCGUCAAGGACCUGGUCACCUCUGUGUUUGAGGUCAUAUUUUCCGUGUUCAAAAGCGCGUUCGAUGCAAUCUAUGGGCUCCUGGCGGCCGUCUUUGACUUGUUCGUUGGCACUAUCAGAAUGGCGCUACGUGGCGUGGGAAAUACCUUGGAAGCCGCAGGUGGAAUAGGCAAGUUUAUUGCCAGCAAUAUCGUUGUCGUCGCAAUUAUUGCCGGCUGUGUCUACUACGGCUAUUUGCAGUAUCAGGGUCGUCGAGGACGCCCCGCCAAAGUUGGAACAAGAAAGCAGAAUUAG